UAAUUUUCGUUUUUGGUUACAAGUCAGCGGGUUUAAGAUCCUAUUAAUUUAAGUGUCCAAAAAUGGCCCGUUUUUUUAGAGAACAAGACAUCGAUGAGUUUCGUGAUUGCUUUUAUUUGAAUGCCCGAAGUGGCCAAAUUCGAAGUUUGGACGAAUUAACCAUCAUCAUGAGAUCUUUAGGAAUGAGCCCCACUAUCACAGAACUGAAAAAGUAUUUCAAAGAGAAAAAUGGAAAGAUAUCUUUUGCCGACAUGCUCGAGAUAAUGCACAAUCAUAGCCAGAGAGAAAAUAUUCCACAAGAAAUCCUGCGGGCAUUCCGUGCUAGCGACAAAAGCAAAACUGGGCGCAUUCCUGCCCGAGAGUUGCGCCACAUACUUCUGUUGUGGGGAGAAAAGCUGAGUCCCAAAGAGGUGGAUCGUAUAUUCAGAGAAGCCAAUGUUUCUCCUAACGGAUAUGUAAACUAUGACGACUUUGUGAGGGUGGUUUGUGCUCCCGUCCCAGACUAUUAUUGAUUGCAUAUAUACUUAUUUUUGUGAUAUUUUAUAACUAUUUUUGUAUUAUUUUAGCUGAAUAUAUUCCACUAAGCCGGUUUUAGAUAUUGGAUUAUAUAUGUACAUUUAUAUGACACAGGUGUUGGAUAUUUUAUUUUAUAUCAAUUAAAAUAUGUUUAUACAUAAAGUU